AUGAAAAGCUCUCAUACACACAUAUAAAAAUUUCACUUGAAACGGAAGGCAUUUCACUUGAAACGGAAGGCAUUUCACUUGAAACGGAAGGCAUUUCACUUGAAACGGAAGGUGCAGUGUUGCCAGGUCCGCGGUUUUCCCGCGGCAUUGGGCAACUUUUGAAGUGUUGCCGCGGGUUGAAUUUUGUGUCCGCUGGGUUAUAUAUAUAUAUGUCUAGGAUCCGGUAGAGGACUACCAUCCGUGUAUGUGCUUUUACACAAUGCAUGUUCACCUGAUCCUCUUUGUUUUUCACGUCCAAACUUUAUUUUUUGAGGUAAGAGGCAACGAAGACGAUAUCGUACGUUUUUUUACUAGUGCUCUGCAAUGCAUUGAGUCAUUGCAACGUGAGGAGUCCAACAAUUACGGUCAGGAGAGGCUUUAUAGAGAGCUUGAAGAUCAUACACGAACUCUAUCUGCAUUUCUUGCUGUGUCCAGAUAUAAUCAUGAUGAUAGUGAUGUGAGUAAUCUACUAGGAUCAUUGUAUAGAUGCUUUCGCAACUUUCUUCAUGAACAUGAGGCCAGACAGGGAUCCAGUGAUGUGACCAACAAUUUGAUACCCCCAACAAUCUUGACUGGCCAUCCAGGUCGGCCCCGAUACAGCAUAGCCGCCGAACAGAUUGCUCACUGUGUAUCCAUUGGUAUGACAUGGCAGAGAAUUGCAUCGUGCUUUGGAAUCAGUCGAAGAACCCUAUACAGACACAGACAAACUCUGGGAGUUGAGCCAUUAAGAUAUGCAAUAUUGUCAAAUCAAGACCUGGACAGCGUUGUGACGACUAUACUACAGAACACUCCAAAUGCAGGUGAAGCAUACGUUCUUGGAAGCCUGAGAUCACGUGGCUUAAGGGUUCAGCGUUGGCGGGUCAGACAGAGCCUCGAUCAAGUGGAUCCCAUUGGGCGGUCAUUUAGACGCCGUCAUGCCAUACGCCGAAGGGUCUAUAGUGUUCAGGCCCCCAACCAAUUAUGGCAUUUUGACGGCAACCACAAGCUGAUUAGAUGGCGGAUGGUCUUUCAUGGCUGUGUUGAUGGCUUCAGUCGGACCAUUAUAUACUUACGGUGCUUAUCUAACAACAGAGCCUUAAGUGUCUUGUCAUUAUUUUUGGGAGGAGUACACAACUUUGGUUUGCCCUUACGGGUCAGAUGUGAUCAUGGUAUGGAAAAUAUACGUGUUGCCCAGUUUAUGUUGGAAAGAAGAGGACUGAACAGUCGUAGUGUUAUUACAGGAGUUUCAGUACACAACCAAAGGAUUGAGAGACUAUGGGCAGAAUUGAAUAGAGUUGUAUCUAGACACUUUAUUAAUAUGUUUAACUUCAUGGAGGAGCAGGGUAUACUGGACUCAUUGAAUGAAGUACAUCUAUUCUGUCUGCAUUAUGUUUAUUUCCCAAGAAUUGAAAGGGCAGUAACAGAAUUUAUCAACCAGUGGAAUAACCACGGCCUGUCCACACAAGGGGGGAGGACUCCUCUUCAGCUGUGGCAUACAGGGGUCAUAAACAAUGUAGGAAUCCAUCCCGUUAUAAAUGACAUUUUUGAUGACGAUAACUACUAUGGCAUUGAUGAAGAAGGGCCAUUACCUGAACUUCAAACCAAUAAUGAUGUUAGAAUUCCAGACAUUGAUGUAACGAUUAAUGAGACCACAAUGGACAGUAUUCGACAAGUGAAUCCACUUGAAAAUGAUGGGAACCAUGGAAUAGAUGUGUUUUCUUCUCUUCUGCAUUUUCUUCUCUGAAAAACAUGCAUGUUAUGUAAGGUUUUGUUAAAACAUUGUUUACUUCA